AUGGGAUCCGUCCUCCACCACGUGCCGUCGGAUCCUAUCGACAGCGAAAUGUUGGGAGGCGCCAUCAUCCCCUCCGAGCCAGUGUAUCGCCCUUCUUCGCGCCCCCCGUCGCAAUCACCCCGACCGACCUCUUCCAACACCACCCCCAUCUCCACCGCCGCCCCGCCGUCGACUUCCACUGUAGGCUCUGCUCGACUGCCGGCGCAUUCGAAUGAUAUCCCGGCCUACAUUCAGUCUCAAACCCCUUCUCAGACCUCCGCUUCCUCUAUGACCUCGCAUCCGAGCCAUGUCCAGUCUCACGACCAGUUCUAUUCCCAACAUUCCCGGAGUGGCAACCCCACGAUGGCGGAGCCGAUGAACUCCGAGCCACAUGGGUACAGCCAGUCGUCGCCAGCCUCGCCGCGACUGCAACCAACAUUUCGGUCGAUGCACUCGUUGGGGGGCUCCGAAGCCAGCUCCCCCAGUCGCAUUCGAGUCCGUAGCUUAUCCCACAUCCAGAGCCUGGCCAAUGAAGAUGUGCUGGCGCCCCGGCACCCACCUGUUACGGGAGGGUCGCAGCGACAGUUUGAGAUCAGCUCCAUGCCAGUCACAGAGAUCAUCGAGAUGGUUGCGGGGAUCCUCACCAAAAUAACCACCACGAACGACAUGCACCACGAAUCCGUCCAUCGCCACAUCCCGCCUCCCGACGGCACGACCAACCUCACUCCCCAGGCCACGAGCGUGCUUGCGUUCCAUGGCAAGAAUGUCCCCAGCAUCACCAUUCUUAGCUAUCUUACUCGGAUUCACAAGUACUGCCCCACGACCUACGAAGUCUUCCUGAGCUUGUUGGUCUACUUUGACCGUAUGACUGAGCUGGUUAAUCGGCGUCAAGUCGGCCGCGUGCAACAUGGCUGGGACUCCGCGUCCGCCCACCAACUCGACUCCACUUUUUCCACAAAUUCGUUUGAAACGUCGGCAGGCCGACAGGCGCAGAAUCCUAUAAUCGUUACACCUCCACUCUCGGCAGGCAUGACUGCACAGGACCCAAAGAGUCCAAAUUCGUCCAUCUCGCCGGCCUUGCACCCCCAGACGGAAGACGAGAGCCUUUCCCAUUUCUUUGUCGUUGAUAGUUUUAAUAUCCACCGGCUGGUCAUCGCGGGCGUGACUUGCGCCAGUAAAUUCUUCUCCGAUGUCUUCUACACCAACUCCCGAUACGCAAAGGUUGGCGGUCUUCCGCUUGUUGAACUGAAUCACCUGGAACUUCAAUUUCUCUUAUUAAACGACUUUCGACUCGCGAUUCCCGUCGAGGAGCUCGAGGCCUAUGGGACGAUGCUCGUGGAGUUUUAUGCCCGCGAGGUCCUUUCACAGCAGCAACCACAGCAUACGAUAGUUCCCCGGGCCCUGAACCCUCCCGCGAUGGAUUCUUAUUCCGAUGCCAUGUACAUGCGUUCCCCUGACAAACGUCGUGACCCUCUAGAGGUCGGGCAGACCCCCACUCCGCCCUGA